GGGUUGAGUUGCUUUAGAUUCGUUUGAAUUUGACCGUCAUUGGGUCGCAGUGUGAGACUUUCUUGUGCCACUGGAGAUUUAAGCCAAUUGUUAAACAAAAGUGGGUUUUUGGAUUCACAAAAAAAAAUUUGGGUACUUUUCGUUGAGCCCUUUUAGGUAGAGUUGCUGUUGUCGAAGAAAAGUCAUAGCUUUUGGGGUUUGGUUUCAAGUAGCUUCAGUUUCGGAUUUCGCUUUGACUGGUGUAUUAUCCAAGAAAUUUUUGGGGAUCCACAACAAAGACCAUUAGAGAAAGCUGUUACUAGUGCUGCGUAACGGCAAACCUGGGUAAUUCAUGUGGCCUCUUUGUUUCCUGCUUAACAAGCUUCUGAGAGCCGAAGACAGGAAUCAGGGGAAAUCAGAAGGGCAUGGAGAUUCGAAUUUUCAAAAAUACUGCCAAUUCGAUGAUCCGAAUGGGAAGUCCAGGGAUGCAGGGUUGCCAUCCUCUUCCCACAUGGAGGUCCCUCAUGUACAUCAGUUAGCUUCAUGGGAUUGUGGUCUCGCUUGUGUUCUCAUGGUUCUCAGAGCAAGCGGCAUUGUGAAUUGCACUCUUGAGGAUUUGGCUGAGAUUUGCUCCACAAAUAGCAUUUGGACUGUAGAUCUCGCAUAUCUACUGCAGAAGUUCUGUGUGGAAUUUUCCUAUUACACAAUAACAUUUGGAGCAAACCCAAAUUAUUCCAUAGAGGAAUUUUACAAGGAGCAGCUCCCUGAAGAUCUGGUGCGUGUUGAUUUGCUCUUCAGGAAAGCACAUGAAUCUGGCAUUAUUAUACAGUGCAGAUCAGUUAGUAUCCAUGAGAUUUCCUGUUUGUUAUUGUCGGGGAACUAUAUUGCCAUUGCUUUAGUCGACCAGGACAAGCUAAGCAAGUCUUGGUUGGAGGAAGUGAUUGUAGCUGGUCUUCAUACCAACAAUUCCUGCUACACUGGUCACUAUAUCGUGAUUUGUGGCUAUGAUGCUGUUAGGGAUGACUUCGAGAUCAGAGAUCCCGCCAGUUCCAAGAUACAUGAGAGGAUCUCGUCAAAAUGCCUGGAGAAUGCCCGGAAAUCGUUUGGCACAGACGAAGAUCUUCUCCUGAUAAACUUGGAGAAUAUCAGAAACCAGAACAGUUCUCGUCAUCAUCGAAUCAAUUCUGGAUCAGAAUGAAACCGGAAUGUUUUUCUCCCAGAAGAAAGAUAAGGUGAAAAGUAUACGUCUACAUCUUAACAUAUUGUAUAUGGAUGCUGCCAAAAAGAAGAACGAGAUAUACAUAUAUGUACAUGGAUCAUGAAUCAACUCAGUAUAGGCUUAACAUUUUUUAUCAGAUUAUUUAUUUUUUCUGAGCAGUUGUAUUUAUACUUCCUUGUACAAAUUGGUUUCUCGUGAAUGUAUAAGAUUAAAGAUUUGAUUGA